AUGACCUCGCCUACUUCCCUUCUAAUCAUAACGUGCACCCUUGCGCUCCUAUUGCGACUUCUGCUGGCGACAUAUGCGCGCCUGGUGAAGUCGAGGGCCUUCCGUGACCUGCGCGGGCCACCCCCCGCCUCUUUUCUGACAGGAAAUCUGGCUCAACUCUCAGACGCGGAAGAUGGCCUGGUCUUCUUGAACAAGAUGCUGGCUGAUUAUGGGAGUGUAAUGAAACUGAACGGGUUGUGUGGCGACACGCUGCUUUGCAUUUCUGACCCUCGCGCUCUUUCACACAUUCUUCUCAAGGAAGCAGACAACGUCGCCGAAGUUGACUUGACAGGGACCACACAGAUACUCCACUACAUGUUUGGUCCGGGGCUGGUUACGACCAAUGGCCACCGUCAUCGCAAACAACGGAAGAUGCUGAAUCCUCUCUUUUCUACGGCACAUAUGCGUCGCGUGACACCCCUUGUUCGUGCUAUCACGCAGCAGUACAAGGCCCAGCUCACUCGUGAGACAACCACGGGCGCAAACGAUGUCGAUAUCGCACCCGGGUUGGCAUGCCUUGCUCUCGAGAUCAUCGGCCAGGUCGGCUUCGGCCACACGUUCAAUGCACUCCGCGGUGGCGCAUCGGAGUAUAUACGCGCGGCCAAGGAGCUCCUCCCUGUCACGGCUGAUCUGGCGCUUCCCAUCAUAGCGACAGUUGCCUCGGGCUUAUCAUGCUUACCUCCACCUGUUCUCAAGACUGCUGGCUGCACGCUCGCCUACCUGCUUCCCUCCUUACGAAAGCUCAUGUUCUGCGUUGAUACCCUCUAUGACACCGCGCGGCGCAUCUGGGAGGCCAAGAAGGAGGCUUAUGCGGCAGGAGAUGUGCUGCUUGGAGAAGCUGUGAAAGACAAAGGUGAUCUUUUGGGCGUUCUGUUGAAAGAGAACGCACAGGCCAAAGGCAAGGAUAAGCUGUCUGACAAUGAGUUACUCGCGCAAGUCAAUACUUUCAUUGUCGCCGGAGCGGAGAGCACAUCGACUGUUAUUUGCCGCAUUCUCCACCAAUUGGCACUUCACCCGGCGAUACAGGAACAGCUGCGCGACGAGAUCGUACAAGCGGGCGAGAACCUGGAAUACGAUGACCUGAUGCGGCUUCCUCUGCUUGACGCAGUUUGCAGAGAGACCAUGCGGCAGCACACGUUCUUUCCUUUCCGGAGUCGCAUGUGUAACACGGCGACAGCGGUCCCGCUCUCGAAUGGUACUGUUAUACACGUUCCUGCGGGAACUGAGGUCAUUCUCAAUUGCCACGGCGCGAAUACCGAUCCAGCUAUCUGGGGUGCGGACUCGCAAGACUGGCGCCCAAAACGUUGGCUGGAACCACUUCCCCAAACCGUCUUGGACGCUAAGAUACCAGGCGUGUACAGCCAUUCGAUGUCUUUUCUCGGUGGACCCAAAUCGUGCAUCGGCUACACGCUCGCCCUGCUGGAGAUGAAGGUCGCGCUGGCCGAACUACUGUCAUCCUUCAACUUCGCGCUUCCCCAACAGGACGAGAUUGUCUGGCGUUUUGGUAUCACCAUCUCUGCGAGUGUCAAGGGCGAGAAGAGCUUCAAUCCUACCAUGCCCAUGCGACUAACCCAGUUGGACCCGACGAAUCCUUGA